AUGUCGACUCCGAGCAUCGGAGUUAUCGUGUGCAGCCAGCGAGUCCCCCGUGCUGGGCUGCAAAUCACCAAUUUCGUCCUGAGUACGAUCCAGAAAGCAUACCCGACCGCCAACCUGCGCCUUAUCGACCUCGCUACCUGGAAUCUCCCCAUGUACAAUGAAGCAGGCAUCCCAUCGUACAUCUCCUCGCCGGAGGGAUAUACGCACGAGCUAACCAGGAAAUGGUCCGAGGAGAUCGCCUCGCACGCGGGAUUCAUCUUCGUCACACCACAGUAUAACUGGGGUUAUCCGGCUAGCAUCAAGAACGCCAUCGACUAUCUCUACAAUGAAUGGAAGGGAAAGCCCGGGAUGAUUGUCAGCUACGGCGGACACGGCGGUGGCAAGGCCGCGGAGCAGCUGUAUCAGGUUUUGCAGGGCCUUCGUAUGCAGCCUGUCGAGCCUCUCGUAGCUUUGACGUUUCCCACGAAGGAGUUGAUGGGCAAAGCGACCAGGGGAGAGGAUCUGGGGUUGAUGGAGGAUGAAAGCAUUUGGAGCGAUGGCCGGGAGCUAAUCCUUACAGCGUUUCAGGUUCUGUUCAACUCGUUGCAAGGUCGAUAG